AUGCGCUCUGUUGGUGAGCAGCUGAGGGCGGUGCGGCGUCAGAUGGAGGAGCUGACGGCCACUGUCUCUGGUGCCAUGUUGAAGAUCGAGGCCUGUAAUGAAAGGAUUGAUGGUCUGUCAGCUCGCAUGGACGGUAUGGAGCGUCGAAUGAAUGAGAUAUCGGGGAGCCAACGCGAUGGUGACUCCUUACUGCGAAGUAUAGCCCAACUUAAGAGCGAGCUAAACGAACGUGAUCAGGAGCUUCUGUUGAACGACGUCGAGCUAUCUUGUGUACCGGAGCAGCAGGGUGAGGCGGUUGGUCACGUGAUCCUGACAUUGGCCACUAAACUGGGUGUACCGUUGACGGAGCGGGAUGUGGUGAGUGCGACUCGUAUGGGUCGUGUGCCGGAGCCUAGAGAGGGCACAGCUCCUCGUCCUCGUGUCAUCGCUGUGCGGUUGGCGCGACGUGCUUUGCGAGACCAGUUAAUACAGGCAGCCAGGGUGCGCCGUGGCGCGACAACUGAGGGUGCAGGCCUACCGGGUACGCCGCGGCGUUUUUAUGUUAAUGAAAGGUUAACCAGGGCUAAUCGGCAAUUAUUUCAAAAAACGCGUGAGGCGGCGAGGCAGCACGGCUGGCGCUUUUGCUGGACAAGGAAUGGGAAAGUAUAUGUUCGAAAGCAUCCGGGGGGUGAUGCUGUUAAAUAUCGAGUUCACUCGGAGGAUGACCUGGAAGGUGUUUUUGGUUUGCCUUCCGUUUGCUCUUUAAGCACCGGACAAGAUGACUUUAUUGUAGCUAUGAGCCGGUAUAACGCUGAUAUUGUUGCAAUUAAUGAAACAUGGUUACGCGAAGGUGAAGAGGCGCGUGCUCCAGUCGUGCCCGGGUAUAGACUGCGCUCGGUUCCGCGCCCGCGCCACAUGCGUAGCGGACGCGGCGGUGGCGUAGCUUUUUACAUCAAACGCAGUUUGUGCGCGCGAGUUGUACAGCAUCCUGUCGCAAAUAUCGAACAAAUGUGGGUAAACGUAACCUUUAAUGGAGUACGGGUUAUUAUUGGAACGGCUUAUCGACCAGAAUGGGUAGGCAUUGAUGUUUUUCUUGAUGCUGUUACGGAGUCAGUAACAUACUUUUCUAAUUACGAUUACAUUGUCCUACUUGGGGACUUUAAUGCUGACAUGUCAGAUGCUCAUAAUAUAAAGACUAAAAAAAUUCAACAGUUUCUGCAGUGUUUGAAUCUUAAACAGGUGGUAACUGAACCAACUCACUUUUCUAUACACAAUGAGACACUUUUAGACAUUAUUUGUACCAAUGCACACGCGCAGGACGUAACUGUGAAUAACAUCACUGGUUCCUUGGGUCAUGCUAUGGUUAUCACUACCUUAUCAAUUAAAAAAAGCAAAAGUACACCAAAGACCAUAACGUAUAGACCUAUUAAAGAUAUGAAUAUGACAGAGUUUAUUGAAGAUUUAAAUUCCAUGAACUGGGAAUCCGUGUUGCUUUGCUCAUCAGUCGAUUCUAUGGUGAAUACGUUUAAUUCGUUAAUCCUAUCAUUGUACAACAAACAUGCUCCUGAAAAAACGAUCAAAAUUAGAAACGGUCGAUCUUUGCCGUGGAUAACAAAUACUAUUAAAUAUAUGAUGGAUUUACGCGAUGAGGCAUUUAAGAGAUAUCGUAGAUCUAAAAAUGGUAAUCAUAAGGAGUAUUAUAUACAAUGUAAAAAGCUAUGUGACGAUCCUAAACUAUUCUGGAGAAAUAUUAGGGAUAAAAUUAAUAUAAAUAUAAAAAAAAAGGACUGCUUACCUGAUCGUUUCAAUGACCCGAACGAAAUCAAUGACUCUUUUAUUAACGUGCCUGCCCCCUCGUCUGUGUCUAUUUCCGAUCUGACAUAUUUUGAGUAUCACAGAUAUGGUGAUAUUUCACUCACUCUUAAACCGGCCGACGAGAGUGAAAUAGCUAAGUACUUGUUGUCUAUUAAGUCCAACGCUUGUGGGGUGGAUGGUAUAGGGAGAGACAUGAUCUUACAGACCCUGCCACGUACACUGUCGAUAAUAACGGCUAUAAUUAAUAAGUCUAUCGUAACAAGCGCGGUGCCCGAAUUAUGGAAAUCGGCUAUUGUCACUCCUAUACCGAAAGUAGAUAAUCCAGUAGAACUAAAAGAUUUGCGUCCAGUUAGUGUUCUUCCAUACUUGUCGAAAAUACUGGAGAAAGUUAUUUACACCCAGUUGUCUAAGUAUGUUGAGGAAAAUUGUAUCUUACCAGCGAUGCAAUCCGGCUUUCGCAAAGGUAGAGGUACAGUUUCCGCUUUAUUGGACGUCGUUGACAAUAUUCUUACGAGUCAAGAUAGUGGAGAGGGAUCACUUCUAGCAUUAUUAGAUUACUCUCGUGCUUUUGACAGUAUCAGUAUUCCACUACUUCUGGCAAAAUUGACAUUUUACGGUUUGGACGAACAGUCAGUCGGAUGGUUUACGAGUUUUCUCGAUAAUCGUAGACAGACUGUUAAAUUGGUGGGGAGAGCUGGUAGACCUGCGUUUUCUGAUUCUUCGGAAGUCACGCGCGGAGUGCCUCAGGGCAUAAUACUCGGUCCAUUACUGUUUAUUUUAUAUAGUGCUGAUCUUAUAAAACAGAUACAACAUUGCAAAUACCAUAUUUAUGCAGAUGAUGUUCAACUUUAUAUCCCGGCUUCUCGCGGAAAUGUCUCAGGAAGUGUUUCAAAAUUAAAUGAGGAUCUUGAACGUAUUGCGAAUUGGUCGGUUAAAAAUGCAAUGAUGUUAAACCCCAAAAAAUCUGUAUACAUGGUUCUAGGAUCUAAAAAACAAGUAAAAUUUAUAUUUAGCCAGAAUCCUGACAUAUAUAUUUCCGGGGAAAGAAUUGACUAUGUUAAAGAAGCUAGGAAUCUUGGAAUAGUAAUCGAUAGUGAACUACGCUUUGAGACUCAUGUUCUAAAACUAGUUCAAAGCUGCUUUUAUCGUCUAAGAGUUCUAUAUCAAAUUAGAAAUCUUCUGAAUGAGGAAGUUCGUGUCACUCUUUGUGAAUCAUUGAUCUUGUCUAAAUUGAAUUACGGCGAUUUAGUGUAUGGACCUCGAUUGCACUCUAAAACUCAACGUCUUAUACAGCGAAUAGAUGUAGCAGCCCUAAUGCUGGCGUUGGCAUUCGUGCUCUGA